GCCCACUGCGGCUACCCGGAAGCAGCUACCGGCGUCUGGGCGGGAGGCGCAGAUGAGGGGAGGCAGCUGAGCGCAGCUGUCGCCGGGCCAUGGCUGGGACGGCGCUCAAGAGGCUGAUGGCCGAGUACAAACAGUUAACAUUGAAUCCUCCAGAAGGAAUUGUGGCAGGCCCCAUGAAUGAAGAGAAUUUUUUUGAAUGGGAGGCAUUGAUCAUGGGUCCUGAAGACACCUGCUUUGAAUUUGGUGUUUUUCCUGCCAUCCUCAGUUUCCCACUUGAUUACCCAUUAAGUCCCCCAAAGAUGAGAUUUACCUGUGAGAUGUUUCAUCCCAACAUCUACCCCGAUGGGAGGGUCUGCAUUUCCAUUCUCCACGCCCCGGGCGACGACCCCAUGGGCUACGAGAGCAGUGCUGAGAGGUGGAGCCCCGUGCAGAGUGUGGAGAAGAUCCUGCUGUCGGUGGUGAGCAUGCUGGCAGAACCCAAUGAUGAAAGUGGAGCCAACGUGGAUGCUUCCAAAAUGUGGCGAGACGACCGCGAGCAGUUUUACAAGAUUGCCAAGCAGAUUGUACAGAAGUCUCUGGGGCUUUAAGGCCUCACCCCGUGCACGCACAGACGUGUCCCACAUGUGCACAUACAUACCACCAAGCAGUUCAGCAUUCUCCUCCGGAACACUUCGUGAUCGCAACACUCUGUGCUGAUACCAAAAAGGAAAGCUUGCAGGAACCACAGCAUCUAUUUUUUUUUAAAAUCUUUCCCACCCUAAACAGGCUUCUCCUCUCAACUUAGGAUUUAAGUUCUCCCCUAAUCCUCUCAAGGUGGUCCAGGUAGAUGGUCAGAGCUGUCAUCACUACCUCUCCCAGCUGAAACUCCACAGACCCAGCAGUUCUGGCUUCCUGUGAAUUUCCCUCCUUCCUGGAGCAUCAAGGAGUGUACAUGCCAGAAAUCCCCUCCACUUCCCCGCAUGAUGGUAAUGGAGGGGAGAAGCAAGGCCUUGAAGCCUUGGUGGGGGAGUGUUGACCUCUCUGUGGGCUUCCUGGGACUCUUGUCAUAUUUCACAAGCAGAAGUUUUUCUUAGAAUCUGGUUACAUCUUUUUCAUUUGUUGUGUAUUACAAACCAUCACACUUAGAAAUGCUUUCAGAAAGUGCUUUCUUAUUUGUGGAUUAAUAAGAAAUGGGUACAUGGAAAAGAAAUACAUUGCCAGUUAUAAAGACUAAUAGGUUUUUUUAAGUUAUGGCUUGUGUCCUGGUUACUAAUGCAUUAUUAGAGCAGGUACAGGUGAGAUCUUUAAAGUUGUAGUGAGCUUCUUCUGGAUCCACGGGUGUUUUUCUUUUCCAAUCUGAAAACUGGAAGCUAUAGGAUUUUGCACAUUUUGAUUGCACCGGGAAUUUAACUAUUGACACAAGGUCAUUCUUUGCAACUCCAAGUCAGAAGGGACUCUAAACAUUACUCAGCUCAGAGCACAGAGGAGUGCCUUAUCCCAACCUUGACCAGCUCAUGGAGGUGGGCAUGUUGGGUCCCCGGGCCUCAGGCUGGAGACAGCACUUUUUUGUGACUUAACGAUUUUGAUGUGGUUUCGGUGUCUCUAACGUGAUCUGCCGGGCAGCACAGAGCCAAGAGUUCACAUUAUAAGCAAUAACAGAUCUGUUGCAUGCAGAGUCAAAUAUUUGACCUGUAACAGACAGGUUAAAUUUAAAUAGGAAUCUCUAUUUUUGAAACAAGGGAUGGUCUAUGAGGCAUACAAUGAACUUCAUAUGAUGUUUUCUCCUUCCCUUUCUAAUGGAUUAAGCGCACUGUAGUCUGUCUGAUUGAACCUGAAACGUCAUGACAGUUCCUGGUUGAGAGGCUCCGUGUCCACCUCUGCAGAUGCCAGAUUCUUUCCUUCUCAGAAGGGAAGCACUCAGAAUUUGAAAUGCAGUACAAAAACUUGUAUUUGGAAGGGCUAGGGAAAAGAGAGGUGUUGUACCUAAAUAGUAUUUGCAGGCCCUCUCCAUCACUUAAAGAAGAGAGGUUUGUGCGAACAGCCAGGUGUGGGCGUGGGGCUCCCUGGCAAGUAGGCCCAGAGUGCACAUGCCUGCCCUUAGGCUUCCAUGAGUUGUGGAGAGGGAGGGAGGCAGUCUACUAAACAAAGUGUUUUUAUUCAUUUGUAUUUAUUAAAUGAAAAGAAUCCCAUGGUGUCCCUGUUCUGUGGUGGAGCUUAAUUACUGGGUUAAAAUAAAGUUCUAUAUUUUCCCCUGUU